AGAGUGAGGAUGAUUGGAUUUUGGAUAAGGGAUGUCGGAAAACCCUCUUGCUUCAUCCAGGGUUUUUGACACCUUAGCUUUAGCUCUUAGCCAAAUUGAAGCCAAGGUCCGGAUCUUCUUUGAAGAUUACUCGUACAGGUGAGCGUCAUAAGGAGAAAUUUUGCACAUACACAAAUGGCGAGCAUCACCAUGACGCCAACUUUUGGCUCUGCCUUUCAGAGAGCAAGCACCAGAGACCACCGGAAAUGUAGUCAUGCCCUCAGGAGAUGUCAUGGCAUAAGGGCAAUGCGGAUAGAGAAACCUCUGGAGGAACUGUACAACGUGAAGGUGGAGAGGAAAGUCUCGAAGGAGCGGCUCGAGGAGCUCGGGGUUUCGAGAUGGUCAGUGUGGAAAACGGGCAAGUGCCGCUUGCCUUGGGACUGGCAAGUGGAUCAGCUGGUGUACGUGGAGGAAGGGGAAGUCAGGGUCGUGCCCGAGGGGAGCCAGAAUUAUAUGCAAUUCUUGGCUGGUGACCUCAUUCGUUAUCCAAAGUGGUUUGAGGCUGACCUUUACUUCAAUGGACCGUACCAAGAGCGGUAUACUUUCCGAGCAUAUGGUGAUGAGUAGUAAGCGCUCUCUCAUGGCUUCUACUGACAAAGUGGUCUUUCUAUCCGGCAUGACUUGUUUCAAUACACUCUCUGUUCUUGGUAGGUUGCGACUAGGAAGUCCGAUGCCAUGAUGGAUGGGUCUUAGUUAGUGCUUGGGUUUUGAGCAAAUAAGGUCCAUAAUGUCUGUUACCAGUUUGGCUUAUUUUGUACACCCAUGUUAUUCUAAUUGAAAGUGCUGAUUUUUAUAGUGAUAUGAGCUUUGGAGAUUUUAUGCCGCAGAAA